AUUUCCGAGAUUGCCUCAUGUCAACCCGAUCAACGGGUGAAGUACAGGCAACCGAAGCACUUCCCGGAGAUUGACCAUAGAUUCCCGGGAAGGGUCGAACGGAACCAGGUCGCACCGCAGUGGUACGUGAGCGUGCAUUGAACUUUUCGUCCGUUCACAAAACUGCACAAAGAGAGCUUUGCCGGAAGAAUCGGAUAAGACAGGCUCUCACGCCUCACGUUAUUAAAACCGAAGUAUAGUCGCAAAAAUGUGGUUCGCGAGAUUUAACAUGUAGUUUACCGCCGUCUAUAAGCAGGUGAACACGUGCUUGUAUUUUGUAGUGGCAUUUAGAGGAUUAUUUUUAUAUCUUGGGCAUUAUAUAAUUAACAAUGGUUGCGAAGAAACCUGUCCAACGCAAGGUGAAGGUGAAGAAGGGAGAAUCAAAGAUUCAGGAAGAAAACAAGGCUAAAGAAUCAGAAAAUGAAGUUACUAAAAUGGAAGUGGAUGAACCAGUAGAGGUUGCUGAGAAGGGCAAGCUGCAUAAAGUCAUCAAAAAGAAGAGGAAAAUUAGGCAGAGGAGAAAAGGAAAGAAGCAUAACGGCAUGAAAUUCCAAAUACUAAGUCUCCUGGGAAACAAAGCUGAUGGUUUGAAAGCGGAAGUGGAAAAAGGAGUCACCACAGAUAGCACUGAGGAAAGUUUGGCUAAACUAGUGCAGAAAAAGAAAAAUGUUCCGAAGAAGCUACUAAAUGAAACAUAUCAGUGGGAAAUUAUGUUAACUGGUAUUCCUAAUAAAGAAGUUCUGGGAAUAAAAGUUUCAUUGAGGGUUAAUCCAGUGAGGAUGAUAUACAUGUCUAAUAUACCUUAUGACAUUAAUGAAGAAACUGCUAUUGCAGAAUUAAAGGAAGCUCUUGGAUCAGGAGUCUACGACAUCUACUUCCCGAGAAAUAAAGAUGGAAGACUGUUGGGACAUGCUAUUGCAUAUGUAAUAGAUGAAGCUACUCAUGAGAGAUUUGUCUUAAAUGUUGUUUCAGGGCUGGGAAAUAUUGAAGUUUUAAAAGACCUUGAGCAAACACUGGAUGCUUCAGAUAUUCAAGUCUCUGUUGAUUUAAAGACCAAGAAGUUAUAUUUUCUUGAUGAAUCUUCUGUUGAGAAAGUGCUAAAACUGUCCGGAUUAGUAGUAAAUGGACGGAAAAUGCUUUUUAGUCGAUCUGGCAGUGUCCGUUUUGUGAUGAAGUGCAUUACACGACAAACUCCAAAAUCUGAACUUUUGAAAUUGGUGCAAAAAGUUCAUGCAUUUAAUUUUCACUACAAUGAGAACAGAUGCAAAGCAACAUUUGAGGUUCCAGCUGAGAAAGUAGAGAUGUGCAAAGCACUUCAUCUCACGGAAUUUCAUGGAAGGAAAGUUGAAGUGUACGAGUGUGGUAGUGAAGAACUGAAGUCUGCUAAAGAAAGGAGCACGAAAAGGUUACUAGAAUACGUUGUGGAAAAUGAUAUUAAAUUCAAGAAAGGACAUAGAUUACACAAGGUGGCUAAAUUGUGGAGAGAAACAAGUGGUAGAAAAGUAAGCGGUAAAGGGAAAGAAGUGAAACUGAAGAAAAAGCUGCGAAUAAUGGAAAAGAAGCUUAAUAAAGAGAAGAAAAUAAAAUGAAGACUCGAGAACAUCAUUGCAAGACAAAAUUCAGAGAGAUAGUAGUAGUUGAAAAUGCAAAACAUUUUUUGCACUUUGUGAAGAAAGUGUUGUUAUUAUCAAAUAAAUUCUAAUGUUUCAAAAAUAACUGUGUUUUAAAUUUUGACCAUUAUUGAGAUAAUUGUGAAUAAAAUAUUUGUAUCAGAAUAUCAGAAAAGAAUUUAAACAGAACUUUUUUUGCUUAUCCAGAAAUGUCGAUUAUGAUCACUGUAUAAAUAUCUAAAUAUAGAUUUAUGUUCAUUAUGUACAAUAAAGCUGUUAGUAAAUGUUUGUUAACUGUGUGCAUUCAGUGCUUCAAUGUCUCUCACUUUGGGUCAUUGGAAGAUUAUUCGUUCUUAUAAAAAAACAUCUUUGUACAAUUGAUGUCCUGUUUUCAUAUGAGUGGCCAAAAAUGAUUCUAUAAGUAGUUUCUCUUUAGGGUGAUUAACAUGUUCUUAUUCAUUAUCAAUGAUUUUGACUCUCAAUACUGGUUUUUAACUUGUGCAGGUCUCCCUACCCGUCUGCCCCAUGUUUAAUUUUAACUUUUUCACAUACUACACACGUAGCAUCUAGAGAGAGUCAUUUUUUUGGGCAGAAAAAUUUGUAUUGUAAGUACCUGAUACUGAAAAAGUGAAUAAUUUCCCUGUAUGACUAUUUCCUCUAAACUGUUCUGUAAUGAGAACUCGUUUUGGUGGAUCCUGGAUGCCAAAAAAGAGGUCGACACCAAAAUGUUUGUUAGUGUCUGUGUGUGAAUGGUGCUAGCGGCUAAACUUUUAGAAGGAUUUCCACCAAAAUAGAAAUUCCCCAGUAUGUGGCUGAUGUCACUAACCCUUGAAUAUGCCACCCAUGCUUUUAUUUUGGGGGGGGACUUUACAUGGAGCUUGAA